AUGAGAGCCGAUCUUGAGUCUGCCCGCAUCAAAUCACUGCCGGACGAUGGCUUCUACAUAGCGGAUUUCAUCUCGGAGGAUGAAGAGGAGUUUCUCCUCCGAAAGAUAACGACUGCGCCGUUACCCCGCUGGACUCAUCUAGCUCACCGGCGUCUUCAAUCCUGGCCCUCGGCCCUGACCAAAUCGAACGCGCUCAUCUCCUCCCCGUUGCCUUCUUGGCUCGUCUCACCCAUCAUCACCCCUCGCUUCGACUCCUUGGGCCUUUUCGCCGACGCCCCGCACCGCGCCCCGAAUCAUAUUCUGGUAAAUGAAUACCGCCCGGGACAGGGCAUAAUGCCGCAUGAAGACGGUGCUGCCUACUACCCGCUCGUAGCUACUGUGAGCCUGGGUGCUCCUAUCGUGCUAGAUCUGUACGAGAAAAGUGAGGACGGCGAUGGGAACGGACAUGGCCGGCGUCCGGUGUAUAGGAUUCUGCAGGAGAGACGCAGCCUGCUCGUUACCACGAAGAGUAUCUAUACCGACUUUCUGCAUGGGAUUGCAGAAACCUCCAGGGAUGAAGGGCUGGGUGCAGAAUCCAUCUGCAACUGGGAUCUGUUGAGGGAGCCAGACAGGUAUGAGUGCGGCUGCCUGGAGAGGGAGACUAGGAUAAGCUUGACUUAUCGAGACGUGCUCAAAGUUGCAAGUCUCGGGAAUACGAUGAGGUUCCUGGGUAGUCGGUGACGCGAGGCAUCCGGGGCUCAUGUCUCGGGGCAAUUUCCCCGCUGGUCUCAUGCUACAUAACUAGUAAACCAAAGGGAUCAUGUUCCAUCUCUCCCGCACUGACUCCACGCCGAAUUUUCGCCUAUACCACUGCCUGGUGUUCGCAGCGGUGACGCCCAAGUUGAUAACGACAAAUACGAGAGCAGACAACAGCGACUUGUUUACGACCUCACCCUUGGGGG